AAUAAAUCACCCCGUCAAAACGGCUGUGUGUGUACUUGAGCACCAAAAAAAAAAAAAACCUGGCAGUGAAAAGCCCAACCCACACAGAGAUCCCCAAAAUCAGUCACCUCCGUGUAACAGCCGAUGAGCAACCUCCAUGAACCGCCAACAUCGGCAUAGGUUGAAUCUUUGAUCAAUGGCAGCGUUGAGAUCAAGUGGACGCAAGUUCUCAUUUGAUAUUCUCUCUACUUCCAUCCUAGACGAUGACGAUCAUAACUACACGACUUGCCUCCGAUCAAAUUCCGAUCCUUCUCCUAUCGAUGACGCCACAACAAGCCCUACCGCGAAUCGCCGGAAGAAGAAGAAGAAAAAGAAGAAGCACAACACAAUCACGGAAGAGCAUUCCGAAUUAAACGGUUACUGUUACAGUUUUGCUCAGAGCAGCACUAGUACUGUUGUGUUAACUGAGGAACAUGAUACGCCCCCGAUGCAUCACAGCAAUUCAGUUACUGGACUUCCCUUUGGGGAAUUGAGACAGAGAAAUGUUGUUAUGCUCAAUGAAGAGAGUGUUGAGAGAGGAAGUGAAACACCUGUUAAGGAAUUGGAAUCAAGGUCCAAUUCCAGAGAUUUGAAUAUGGAUAAUGGGUUUCCAGUGAGGACUUUGGAGAAGGAAGUCUCUUUAGAUUGGAAAAGAUUGAUGGCUCAAGAUCCCAAUCAAAUAUUUCCUGUGGACAAGUCACCAGUGAAGUGCUUCAUGGAAGAGAUGUAUGCUGGUAAUUCGUUAAGGAGUACGAUUCCCCCUGGCAAUGAGAAAGAGCGGGAUAGAGUUUAUGAUACCAUAUUCCGUUUACCAUGGCGAUGUGAGCUGCUUAUUGAUGUUGGCUUUUUUGUCUGCUUGGAUUCAUUCCUUUCACUGCUAACUGUUAUGCCAACGAGGUUAAUCAUGAUCUGUUGGAGGUUUUUGAAAACAAGGCAGUUCAAGAACCUUUCUGCAGUUGAGCUUUCUGAUAUUGGCUGUUUUGUCGCGCUGGCUAGUGGAGCAAUUUUGUUGCAACAAACAGAUAUCAGCCUAAUCUAUCACAUGAUUCGUGGUCAAGGAACAAUCAAGCUUUAUGUGGUUUACAAUGUAUUGGAGGUUUUUGAUAAACUAUUCCAAAGCUUUUGUGGAGAUGUGAUGCAGACUCUCUUUAACACAGCAGAAGGGCUUGCAAAUAGCUCAACGGAAAGUAUGCAAUAUUGGAUGAGAAGAUUUAUUGUGGAUGAAGUUGUAGCUGUGGUCCCCAUACUUGUUCAUUCUUUCAUCCUCCUAGCUCAAGCCAUUACUUUGUCAACCUGUAUAGUUGCCCACAACAAUGCAUUAUUUGCUUUGCUUGUAUCAAACAAUUUUGCGGAAAUAAAGAGCAAUGUAUUCAAACGCUACAGCAAGGAUAACGUUCACAAUCUCGUAUAUUAUGAUUCAGUGGAGCGGUUCCAUAUUUCGGCAUUUCUCUUAUUUGUCUUAGCUCAAAACCUUCUGGAGGCCGAUGGACCUUGGUUUGGAAGUUUUAUUUGUAAUGCAGUUGUCGUAUACGUAGGUGAGAUGACAAUUGAUAUCAUCAAGCAUUCAUUUAUUGCAAAAUUUAACAACAUCAAACCGAUUGCGUUUUCAGAAUUCCUUGAAGAUCUCUGUAAGCAGACACUAAAUAUUCAAACAGACAAUGUAAAGAAUAACCUCACUUUUGUCCCUUUGGCACCUGCUUGUGUGGUAAUCCGCGUGUUGCGUCCUGUGUUUGCUGCUCAUCUUCCCUUUAAUCCGCUACCGUGGAGGCUCUUUUGGAUUUUCCUUUUGUCUGCAAUGACGUUUGUUAUGCUUGCAAGUCUUAAAGUAAUGAUUAGCAUUGGCCUCAAAAAACAUGCUAGGUGGUAUAUAAACAGAUGCCAGAGAAGAAAACUUCAUAGCGACUAAGAUACAAUAUCAUGAUGAAGCUUGAAUUCUUUGCUCAGAUAUAUAGAUCUCCUUUCCAUGAGAAGAUAAGCAGAUGGGGGCAGGGGUAGAGGUGGGAGUGGGGUGGGAAGUUUGGGUGAUCUGAUUGGAAAUUUCUAUAGCUGUUCUCACUCCGGGUUUCUAAUAGGGCAGCAGUAUGCACUCAUGUGGAAGUAUUUACGUUGGUCAAAUGGCCUGUACUUCCGUUUUCGCAGAGGGAGAAGGUCCAUAUAAGGAAGUUAUAUUGAUAAUGUAUUUCAUGUGCAAUAUAUUUAAAGCUUUUCUCUAAAAUUGGUUAUUUCAGAAUAACUGUCUUGUCUGGAAUUGUCUAAACUUCCUUGGUAGAUUCAUAAAGGUUGAUGUUUCAGAGAGGUAAACUCUCUUCUUAGAUAACUUGGAGUAAUUUGAUUCAGAACCUUUGGCCAACUAA